ACCGUUCCGCUUCUCUUCCCCCCUUCCCAGCUGCAGGCCCAGAAGCUGCGCUUGGCUCACAGCCGAGGACCUUACUACGGUGGAUCGCUGCCCAACGUCAACCAGAUCGGGAGCGGCGCCACGGAGUUUCAGGGUCCCCUCCAUUCCCCGCUGGACUCGGCGCGUGGCACGCGGCAUCACGGCCUGGUGGAGCGAGUGCAGCGGGAUCCCCGCCGGAUGAUUUCGCCGCUGCGACGCUACGUGCGACAAAUUGACAGCUCUCCUUACAGCCCGGCGUACUUGUCACCUCCUGCGGAGCCCAGCUGGAGAAGGACGAUGCCUUGGGGCAAUUUUCCUGUGGAGAAAGAACGCUUGUUUCGAUUGCCCGCCUCGCUCAAUAGAACAAAUUCUGACUCUGCCCUGCACACAAGCGUGAUGAACCCCAACCCACAAAAUGCGUAUCUGGGGCCCUCCCAGGCAGCACCCCCUCUGAAUCGCAAGAGCGGUUACCUAGAUACCGAUACAGAUAGCAAAGUGUUUCUUUUCCAAGUGCCUUCCAUUGAAGAGAGCCUCUUGGACGACGAGAAGCAGUCGCUGAAACCUUGGGACACCAAGAAGCUCUCCUCGUCUUCCGCCCGUCCGAGAUCUUGUGAGGUGCCUGGAAUCCACAUCUUCCCGUCCCCAGACCAGCCUGCCAACUUGCCUCUGAUCCCUUCCGCCCUCAACACGGGAGGCUCCCUCCCAGACUUAACCAACCUGCACUUUCCUUCCCCGUUGCCCACGCCCCUGGACCCGGAGGAGUCGGCCUAUCCCAGCCUGAGCGGCGGGAACAGCACCAGCAACCUGGCCAACACCAUGACGCACUUGGGUAUCAGCGGCGGCAUGAACCUAGGCCACGGCUACGACCCUCCAGGCCUGUGUUCAUCUAUGCAGAGCUCCCUCAGUAACCCCUGCCUCCAGUCCUCGCUUAACGCCCCCGCGCUGCGCGCCUCGCCCAGCAGCUCCUCCAUCGCCUCCUCCAUGGGCGGCCAGUCCCUGCCUUCCUCCCUCAGCACCCCCUCGUUGUCGACCUCGCUCAGCAACCCUUCCCUCCCCACCUCGCUCAGCGCCCACUCGAUGCCGUCCGCCCCGGCCAACCCCGGCCGCCCCCCGCCGCUGCAGCAACACCAGCCGCCCCCUGGCUUUGGUGGCCCAGCCUCCUCCUCCUCCUCCUCUUCCUCCACGGCUUCAUCCCCGGCCGCCUCCUUCACCCCUCUGAACGCUUCACCCCGGCGCAGGGUCCCCCUCAGCCCCCUGACCCUCCCCAUGGGCGGAGAUGCAAGAAGACAACACCCCAAACAGUUUUCGCCAACUAUGUCACCCACAUUGUCUUCCAUCACCCAGGGCGUGCCGUUGGACACCAGCAAGCUCCCUGCAGACCAAAGGCUUCCCCCCUACCCGUACAGCCAGCCAGGUUUGCUCCUGCAGCCGAGCCAGAAGACCCAGCACCAGGUGCCCGGGGGGGUCUCUCCCUCUCCGCAAACACGCCAGCUGUCUCAGCCGCCCUGUCCCUACCCGGGGCAUUACCAGCCCAAUUCUAUGCUCCAGCACCAGCUAGGCCAGCAGCUGGGUGACUUCGGCUUCAGCAAUUUCGACCAGUACAGCUUUGUCGACAACAUGACGGGAGGUUUUGCCUUCAACAGCAACGCCUUCUCGGAAGACGUGGGUGCCUUAAAUUACUCCCAGAGUGACAAUGUGGGUCCGCCAGGGGGCGGAGGGGGCAGCAACAGCGCCGGCACUGCCACGAACGACCCCCACUUACUCACUCGUCAGAACCUGAGUAACUGCAGUCGUCACGGUCCCAUUCCUAACAUUAUUCUCACAGGGGAUUCUCCGCCUGGUAUCUCCAAAGAAAUCGCCAGCGUCCUCGCGAGCAUGCCUGGCUUUGAAAUGGACUCGGCCUCCCUGGGUCUGGACGAGGAUCUGAAGAUCGAGCCGCUGAGCUUGGAUGGACUCAAUAUGCUGAGCGACCCAUACGUCCUGCUGACCGACCCGUCCGUCGAAGACUCCUUCCGCACCGACCGGCUCCAGUGAACAGAAGGGGGGGCCGAGAGCACCGCCCGGCGGGGACAGCGGGACCCUUGCGAGCCGUGGAGAAUCAAAAGGGCCGGUCCGCGCUCCCAACCCUCAGGGACCCGAUCAAGACGGAGCGGACAUUUCGCGCUUGGCUUCCUCCCUGUUUCCCAAACGCUGCGUCCCUCUUGGGAGACCUCUCUAGCUUCAGUAGCUUGAACGCUCCCACACUUCGCCAAGAGGCAGGGCGGGCCCCGGGUUUCAAGGGACUGGAGGAGGGGCGGUGGGCCGGCUGCCCCUCCACACCCAUCAGCAGAGGCGGCUCAGAGAGGCCGGGGUGGGGUGGGAUGGGCGAGCAGUAGUGGCGAGGGAGGAGUACCUUCCCAGAGGUAUCCGGGUUGGGCAAGAUAGGGGAGUCACUUCCUGAACCCCUUGAACUAAGGAAGGGGGUAAUGUGGAUGGAUCUCGGCCAUCUUUCGCCCCCGUGUUUCUUCCUGUGUAUCUUUACCUUGCAAGAUGGCACUCGGAGGGAGGAGAAGAGGGAAUGAUAACAUUUUCGUUUGUUUUUUUUUCCCCUUGAUUUUUCUUGCCUAAUCAUGCUGCUGCUUUUUCUCC